ACGGGGAAACGCGCCCCCCUGCUUUUUGGUGGUAUCGCCAAGCUGCCCUACGCCACAGCCGCCUCGAGCCCGACCGAGUCCAGAGGCCACCGCCGUAUCCGUUCCCCAAUCCAGAUCCAGCCAAGGUGAGUCCAGAGGCCUCGAGUCCCCUCUCGCAGCCUCCCUCCGCGCCGCGCCGCGCCGAGCCAGCCCUGAUCCAGAUCCAGCCAUCCCGCGUCCUUCCACAGCUGCUGCGUCUCCCCCGUCGGCGCGCUCGUCGUCGUCCGCCUCGUCCACCCUGAACCGGCGCGGAGGGGAGAUCCACGAGCCGGACCCCUGCUGAUUUCCCCUUUUGCUGGUGAUUAUAUUAAAAGCCUGAAUGGCUGAAAAUUGGUUAGAAUGCACGAAGCAUACAUCUACAGCAGUACCAUCUUCUGGUUUUGUUUCUAGGAGUCAAAGCCCAUCUUCGAGAAGAUCAAGGCAAAGGAACAUCUUUCAUUUAUUAACUCAACGAGAGGUCUCCCCUCGAACAAAGCACCAAGCUAAAAGGAUAUGGAGUAGUCAUCCAAAACUCGAUGCUGAUUUAAUUGAGUUGAGAUUUGCAGAUACAGAUGCUAAACAUGAUAUCUUUUCUUGGGCAGAAUCACAGUCCCUGCAUCGUUGGUCCGGCAAGUAUUGCCCUCUUUUGCCACCUCCUAGGUCAACUAUUGCAGCUGCUUUCAGUCCAGAUGGAAAAACACUUGCGUCCACACAUGGUGACCAUACUGUGAAAAUAAUUGACUGCCAUACCGGUAAAUGUUUGAAAGUUUUGAGUGGACAUCGACGCACUCCUUGGGUGGUCAGGUACCAUCCUUUACAUUCUGAUAUCCUGGCUAGUGGAAGUUUGGAUCAUGAAGUUCGUCUAUGGGAUGCUAAUACCUCAGACUGUAUUGGAUCACAAGACUUCCAUCGGCCAAUUGCAUCCAUUGCAUUUCAUGCAAGGGGGGAGAUUCUGGCAGUUGCAUCAGGUCACAAAUUGUACAUAUGGAAUUACAAUAAGCGAGAUGAGGCUUCUGCCCCAGCUAUUAUACUAAAAACCCGCCGUUCGUUGAGAGCUGUGCAUUUUCACCCGCAUGGUGCUCCAUAUCUUCUAACAGCAGAGGUUAAUAAUCUUGAUUCUGCGGACUCACCGUUGACUCUUGCAACAUCCUCUGGCUAUUCAAAUUAUCCUUCAGUCCUUUUUGUUGCAAACGUUAAUUCUGGAAGCUGUCCGCAUCUCGAGUCUAAUACGGCGUCACCUUUCUUACUGUUGCCUGCAUACCUCAGGGAUGAUAGAAUUGUACAUACACUUGGCAAUGACUUAACUAGUAGUUCAACCAGUGCGCAGCAGAGAUCACCAUCAUUAGUUCAAAAUGCCACAUCAGAUGCUGAAAACCAACAGCCUGACCAGUUUGCUACCCCUAUGGAUGUAUGUCCCGGAGAACCAUCUGCAUCGAAUGAUAUAGUGUAUGCAGUUCCUGUGCCUGUAUCAAAUGGAAUUGAAACACAUGCUGCUAGGGGGCAGCCCAACUCAAGACUGCUGGGCAGCAGCUCUACUAGUUAUCUUGAGAGGUUUGGUGCUAUAGAUGAUGUGCAAAUGUCUUCCCUGAGCAACAGGACACCAAUUCCUGCAACAGCUUGGUCCUCAGUACCUGAUACCCGCCAUGCUAUGCCAAUGAAUAUGUUCACCACUUCUGGUGGAUUGGAUGUUCAAAUGUUCCUAAGAACUGUAGAGAGCGGACAACAGAAUCCACAUCUCUUUGGCGACUCAUGUAGCUGGGAGCUGCCAUUUUUGCAGGGUUGGUUGAUGGCCCAAAACAAUACAGGUUUGCACCCUGCACUUGUGAACAAUAAUGUCUUUGGAAACCUGUCUCUUGGUGGUACUGCAGUGAUUAAUAACUUGACUAGAGAAUUGCCACACAUGCAUAACUUUGGACAUCCAGGUGCUUCAUCAUCAAUUCCCAUUACUGCUGGCAAUUCUAGAAGAUCAAAUCGACGUUAUGUACGCUCUGUACCUGGGGUUGGAAGUUCGCUCCUUGGUCCUCAAAUUGAUGAAGCUGAACUUCAUGCUGCCUCACUGGGUGUUGGGUCAGAACUUGCUACGUCGCUGUUUACUGCUGGCACUAAUGAAUUACCUUGUACAGUGAAGCUAAGAAUAUGGCGGCACGAUAUCAAGGAUCCAUGUGUUCCUUUAGAACCUGAGGCGUGCCGCUUGACAAUUUCUCAUGCUGUUCUUUGCAGUGAAAUGGGUGCCCAUUUUUCCCCGUGUGGACGAUUUCUGGUAGCAUGUGUUGCAUGUGGGCUGCCUCAAACAGAAGGUGACCGCGGUAGCCAGUUGCCUGUUCAGUAUGAUUCUACAGGGGCUGGGUCAUCACCAACUCGCCAUCCACUUCCUUCCCACCGUGUUAUUUAUGAGCUUCGGGUUUAUUCUCUUGAGGAGGCAACAUUUGGGGAUAUUCUUACUUCCAGAGCAAUAAGGGCAGCACAUUGCUUAACUUCCAUUCAGUUUUCACCUACAUCAGAACACAUACUUUUGGCAUAUGGUCGUCGUCAUGGCUCUCUGCUCAGGAGCUUUGUCAUGGAUGAAGAUAAUAAUGGGAUUCCUGUAUAUACUAUAUUGGAGGUGUAUAGAGUUUCAGAUAUGGAGCUAGUAAGAGUGCUUCCUAGUGCCGAAGAUGAAGUCAAUGUUGCGUGUUUUCAUCCUUCCCCAGGAGGUGGCCUUGUUUACGGGACUAAGGAAGGGAAGCUCAGGAUCCUUCAGCACAGUGGUGCAGACGUGACAAGCAUGGGGCUGAAUUACUUUAUGGAAGAAAAUAUGCUUGAGAUUCAGAGGUAUGCGCUGGAAUGCUGAAUGCGCUUAAAAGCAUGUUGUGUUCUUACUUCCAUGUUACUGGCUUGGCUGGUGACUGAAAGCAUGAUUGGUUGUCAUUACAGGAAGUUUUCUCCGCAGACUUCAUCUCUGUGACUCCGUCCAAGUCGAAACAUCAGAUCCAUCUCCAUCUAAAUUGUGACAGAUAAUUCUCAAUGGGUUUGUUCAAGUGCCUUGGGGAUUGGUCUGUGCAGAGGCAGUAGGAGAUGUAAAUCUACACGGCCAUUGUGUCUAGCAUCAUGAUGCUGUAAUUAUAGUUUUGUACAUGUAUCCUACAGUCAGGUUAACUGAAUUGCUGUUGUAUUUCAGAUAGUUGACAGUGCUAACCCUUUUGUUGUCAAAAUUAUUUUUUGUUGUAUACUUUGCCUGUCCUGACUGGCUUCCAAUGAUUUGUAAGAGUGGUCGUGCAAGGAUAACAGACCUUGGCGAAGCUGCUCGCUGUUCGAUUUGCAUUUCCUUUUUUUCCCCCUCCCCUUCUGCUGCAUCUGUAGAAACUGAUCAAUGUGCUGAAUUGGUGCUGCUGUUUCCA